AUGGUAUCCCGGGGCCAGGCUCACCCGGGCCCCCAGAACGUGGGCCUCUGGGACUUCAAGGCCCGGACGGUUGAGGAGCUGAGCUUCUGGGUGGGGGAUCUGUUCCACGUGGCCAGGAAGGAGGAGGAGUGGUGGUGGGCCACAUUGCUGGAUGUGACGGGCAGGGCCCUGGUCGAGGGCUAUGUGCCCCACAACUCUCUGGCCAAGAAGGAAACGGUAGAGUCUGAGCUGUGGUUCUUUGGGCGCAUCUCGCGCUCGGAAGCCCUGCAUCGGCUGCAGGCCGAGGGCAUCGAGCCAGGGGCCUUCCUGGUCAGGGUCCGUGAGAAGCCGGGCUAUGUUCUCUCAGUGUGGGACGGGCAGGCCGCGAGGCAUUACACGAUCUGGCGGCGCGAUGGCCGCCUGCACCCUGCUGCCCCUGCUCAUCCUCCGCCCACCUGUGGCCCCCCUCUCCUCCACAGGAGUUUUGUCCGAGUGGCACUCAGCCAACAUCACAGCAUCCCCAACAUCACUGAGCCUCACGUAGCCAAAACCCUGCAGCAGGCAAGUGCGCAGUUCCUGAAGGGUGGGCUAGGGGAUGGGGACAGCACCCCUGCCCUGUGCCCCUGCCUGUCCCUCCAAAAUGAGCCCAAGCCCCUGCCCCAGUGUGAAGACUGGGAGAGACCGUGGGACUUCACGCUCUGCAGGAAGCUGGGGUCCGGGUACUUUGGGGAGGUCUUCGAAGGCCUCUGGAAAGACCGCGUCUGAGUGGCUAUUAAGGUGAUUGCUCGAGAUGACCUCCUGCACCAGCACACGUUCCAGUCGGAGAUCCAGGCCAUGAAGAAGCCGCACCUGGUGUACAUCGUCACAGAGCUCGUGCCCAGGGGGAGCCUGCGGGAGCUGCUAUGGGACUCCGAGACAUCCCUGCCCGUCUCGGAGCUGGCAGACUUUGCGUCACAGGUGGCUGAGGGCAUGUGCUACUUGCAGUCACAGAAUUACAUCCACCGGGACCUGGCUGCCAGGAACAUCCUUGUGGGGGCCAACAACAUCUGCGGUGGGGACUUUGGGCUAGCCAGGCUCAUCAAGGAGGACAUCUACCUUUCCCACGACCACAACAUCCCCUACAAGUGGACCGCCUCCGAGGCCCUCUUCCGAGAGCUUUACUCCAUCUGGUCCUUCGGGAUUCUUCUCCAUGAGAUUUUCAGCAGGGGUCAGAUGCCCUAUCCAGGCAUUUCCAACCACGAGGCCUUCCUGAGGGUGAACUCAGGCUACCACAUGCCCUGCCCCCUGGAGUGCCCACCCGCCGCACAUAGGCUCUGCUUCAAAGGCGUACAGAAGCUCUCCAGUAUCAGCAGGUACGAGAACCCCCUCUGA